GUGAAUUGAUUUCGGAUUGGCGGCGACGUGUAAAAUGAGUUUGAACGAACCGUUGAUAGAUAGAAAAGAAGAUGUUUAUUCUAUUCUUCGAACUUAUUACGACCAGUUUUCUUCAGCUGCGGGAAAAUUAGAUCUUUUACGUCCUGCAGCUUGCUUCUCCCCUCACAUUUUUGGGGCGGGCAAGAGUUGUGUUGGUGAAAAUUUUUUAAAGUUUUUAAAAAAAUUCGCCGACGAAGAAGAAGAGCAGAAGGAGACGGAGGUUUUCAACAAGAGCUCGUCGGGAAAAGUUGAUUUGAAGUUUUUUUCUUGGAAACACUUUGCGGAAAACACUUUGUCAGUUUGCUUUAAACUAGGAGAGAGCUUUUCUCGUGCUCCUUUUCCAAGGUUUCUAGAGGCUUUGAUGUAUAACAUAGCUAUGGCUACAGCCCAGUGUAAUGGUAUGACUGCCCGAGAAAUUGUAGAAUUCACGGACGCAGCGAUGAAGCAACCAAGUGUUUUUUUAUUUGUCCAGUAUCUUCUCGAACAAUUUCAGAAACAAUAUUUAUUUUUGAUGAUAGACGAACUUAGUCACCUGAGUGACCUCACCACAUACUAUAGUGAACUUACCACGAAACAGUUCGUCGAGUCCGAUCCAGGUUAUAUCCCGUAUCGCAAAUUUUUUCGAACUGUAGGUGAGUUGCUUGAUACAGGAAAAGUUAUCUUGUAUAUUGCUGGGCGAACUGCCGAAAUCUCAGCCCGCCUGUCUGAUGCUCGCUCUAGUAGUGUCACCCUCCAUAUGUUGCGGUUGAAUCCCUUUAACCUCCAUGAUAUUAACGAAUAUAUUGAGCUGGCAACUUAUAGUGGAAAGUCCUUGAAGGACUGUUUAUUGCCCUCUGAUGAUUUACGAUAUCGAUUCGUAGAGUUGUUGAAAAAGAAGACAGGGGGCAUUCCGUUGAUUGUAAGGAAUACUUUAUUAGCCCUAGUAGAGAAAGUUGCGAACUUAUCUCAACCUGUUAUCAACGAUGACAAUAUGGAACUUUUAUUAGAUAGUGUCUUUGAAGAUAUACUAAAUGAGUCGGGAACGUUUAUUAUUCCGGAGAUACUAGAUUCCGCAACCCUUCUUCGAUAUCAAUUUGUCCUUUUGAAUUAUCAGCUCGGAACAAUUUUUCCAAUUGACUUUGUAGUUACUCUAUGUGGAACGAGAACUUAUUUGAUGGACUUGGUUGCAACUUUUGGGUUUUACUGUGAAUUUUGUGGAAUUGACGGGAUUGAUAUGGGCACCGAAUUCAAGAUUGGUUGUUGUGAAUUUAUAUUGCGAGCUCAUAGCAGCUAUAAAUUUUUCCGUGAGGCUAGUGAAAUCUUUCCUUUAUCUCCGUUUAGUUAUAUUUCCGACAAUGCAACAGCAAAAGGAGUCUUCUUUGAAUUUAUAUUUAUGAAGAUCUUUCGCUUUCGCUUAUUAACUUUUCUUCAUUCUAAUUCCUCGCCUAUUGUACAUUCUGCUAUUCCAGGAAUUUUCCAGGGUUCUUUUAUUGAGCAGGACAGUGUUUCUUAUUCUAUGGAAUCAACAAAAUCUUAUGAUAUACCCAUCUUGAGAAAUGUCUCUGAUUCAUUUUCUGGUCAUUAUAGGGAUUAUUUACAACGUUGUGGUAUUUUUGUUCCGAAAGAUGGCAAUUCUAGUGGUCCUGAUGCAUAUGUUGUAUUCCAUAAUGGACAAACACGUUAUGUUGUUGGAUUUUCAUUCAAAUUUUAUCACAAAACUGAAUUUUCGAAAACAAAUAUUGAGAAGGAAGCAGAACAAUUUUUUAAGGGAGUUGUUUCCGUUUUGAAUGACGAAUCUUUUUCAUCUCUUCAACUUCGUUUUCAGUUUGUGGUAGUAUGUACUAGAUAUGAUCGAUCUGUAGGUUUCUCUACCGAAGAACAUAAUGUUGUUGAAGAUGCAAGUGGUUUUGUGACUCAACAUUCUUCGAGGUCAACUUUGAAUGAAAGUAGUCGAUCAUGUCUGCAAUUGGUAAUUGUUUCUCAAAGGAACCUUGAAGUAUAUUUGGGAAGAGAUAAUGUCGAAGUGUUGAGGAAAAUUGGGGAAGCAAAUCGAGGAGAGUUCAGUAAAGACUUUUCAGUAUGGUGUGAAACUGUCUUUGAGUCGAUGUUCAAUGAAUAUGUUUCAUCUUUGGAAACGGAGCAAUCAAAUGUUACUUCAAGAGUGGCUCGAAAUAUAAGACCGAGAACAAAUGAGGAGAAUAGGAUGCAAAUGGAAGGUUAUCAAAGUGCUAUGCAAGUGGAAGGAGGAGAUACACGAGGCGAACAAAGUGUUGCAGCAUCGAGUUCUUUGUCUUCGUCAUUUGAUUGGAAUGCUUUCUUAAGAGAUCGUUGUGGUCUUUCUGAAGAGGAUGUUGCCUAUUGUUUGCCCAGGUUGUCCUUCAUAGGAAUGAUAGAUUUGAGUGGCGUGACAACAGAGUUUCUUUUGAAGUGCGGUAUCGAUAGUCCUUCACUAAGAUUGCGAAUUAUGUUAGGAAUACGACAGUUUUUAGCAAAGUAGCUUUUAUGGACUAGUUUGUGGUAUGCCCAUGAUUUCCCUGUAGAAGAUGAUGGAAGCCUUAUAGAAGUCGUGGUCCUAAUAAAGACAUGUAAUUUUUGUUUUUAUCUCACUGCAAAGUCAUUACGUGCUUAGUAACUUGAGAUAUCUUGCCAAUAUGCUGAGGAAGCAAAAAGCUUCUGUUUAGUUGUUCUUUAUUCAGAUUCAUCUACAAAAGUGUUGGCAAUCUUUUUAGAUAAACUUGCACUUCUUUUACCGUUUGCAAAUGUUAGUUACGUUUCCGUAGAUAUGGAUUUCAAUUUCCUUAUCGCAUUGCCACACUUGAACUUCAAGUGAACUCGACUUUGAGGUAACUUCUUUAAGGGAGGUGUUCUGAAAUAACACUAAAUAUGAAUAACAUGACCCAAAGUAUUAUUGCUCACAAAAGAGCUUAUGGUUCCCUCUUUGUUAUUUUAAACUUAUUUUUCAAUACUACUUAUCGUUAGAUAAUGAAGAAUCUGUUUCAAGC